AUGACAGUAAUAAGCAGAGCGACAGCGAAAAAAGAAAUCCACAAGACAUUGAGUCUUUGCAACUUUUUCACGCGUCAAAUCGGUUUUUCUUUCAUUGACAAUCCCCCCAGUACUGCAUUCGGUCGUUUGAGAUCUUAUAUUUGGUUUACGAUAUCUGCUACUUUAUUAUUUUUGAAGCUGAGCGCAGAAAUUAACUACGUCACUUUGAAGUUAAUUAAAUCGUCUUCAGUUGUGGAUUUUGUUGCAAGUUUACACAUCGUUGGAUAUGAUACAAUGAGUUUCGGGAAAUUACUGACGAUUUGGUACAAAAGAAAUGAAUUUAGACAAUUGGUAAAAGAACUGGCUGACAUUUGGCCAAUAUCCGAUGACGACAAAGAAGAAAUAAACAUAAAACGGAGUCGAACAUCCUCCCUGCGUAUUGCACAAAUUUACUAUGCCUUUUGGAACGUUUUAGGAGUUUGGUUAUACAAUUUAACUCCGAUAAUUAUAUUUGUGUAUCAUAAGUUACAAGGUGAGGCUGCAGAUUUGGGAUUCAUCUGGCACAUGGCAUAUCCAUUUGACAAAACCAAACCGAUAUAUCAUGAAAUAGUGUUUAUUUUUGAAGCUUGUGGAGGUGUGAUCUCAGUGUGCUCUAUGCUUGGAUCUGACAUAUUAUUCAUGACAAUGGCAAAUCACAUUAGUUUGUUAUUACGUUUACUUCAACUGAGGAUCCGUAGAUUAGGCAGUACAACAAUCAGUAGUACAACCAACGCGCAACAAGUCCACGACACUUAUCAUAAAAUUAUAUCGGCUGUAAAAACUCAUCAACGAUUGAUCACAUACGGGAAUGAUUUGGAGAGUGCAUUUUCACUUGUCAAUCUUAUCAAUGUCUUAUUAAGUUCGGUCGAUAUUUGCUGCGUUGUUUUUAACAUUCUUUUAGAUCCAUGGUUGGCAAUGAGCAAUAAGUUCUUUUUGGGCGCAGCGCUCACCCAAGUCGGUAUACUAUGUUGGUAUGCUAAUGAGAUUUAUACCUCGAGUUCAGGAAUAGCUGACGCGGUGUAUGAAAGUUCAUGGUAUAUGGAAGAUAUUCGUUGUCGAAGAGCACUACUUAUUAUGAUGCAAAGGUCUCAAAAGCCGUUGUAUUUUACGGCUUUGAAGUUUCACUCCAUAACUAUGAGUACUUAUAGUUCGAUUUUAACAUCGUCCUAUUCGUAUUUCACUCUUCUCUACACUACAUAUCGCAGAGACUAG